AUGCUCCUGCAGACGCUGCGCGCGCACGCUGGCGCGCAGCUGCCCGACGAGGGGCAGGGAAGUGCACUAUGGCCGAGGAAGAUACGACUCACGGAGCCAUCUUCGUCUACAACGGCCGACCUGCUGCCGGCGUGGGCGGCGGUCGUGGCGGAUCUCGUGGGAGGCACGCCACCGACACGCGCGCUCCAGAGCUUGUUCGAAGAUGUAUUGGCCAUGGAUGUGCAGCCUGACGCAGUAGUGCUGCCCUUGGCCAAGGAGAUGCACGCCCACACGGCGCAUUGUGUCCAGGCGCAAUUGGAAGACGCCGCGUGCGCCGCGUCCGAGCCGGCCCCGCUGUGGCUGCAAAGGUGGAUCGAGCGGUGGUGCGCCGUCGUAGCCCGCGCACGCACUGUACACAUGCUCGUGCAGCCCUUGUUUGUGCGUGCACGAGCACUUGAGCCGCAGGGUACAUGGGACGUGCACGCGCUGUGCGUCGAAUGCGCGCAUGCUGUGCUCCGCCACCCUUCACGGCAGACACAGCUGCAUCGUGCGCUCAAUGCUCUUGUGCGCGAGGUCCGCGAGCACCGCCUGGAUGCGCCUCUUCUUCAGCAGGCGAUGCACGCCGCCGCGGAGCUCGCAUGGGAUGUGCAUCUCUUCUAUGAGCAGGCGACGCCCUUUUAUCGCGCCAUGAGCGCAACGAUGGCCGCUCCUGUGCCGACGGACGUGCGUGCAGCGCAGAUUCCCAGCGUCCUCGCGGCUGUGCGCAACGAACGUGCAUGGUCGUGCUGGGUCCCCGGCGCCGAGGAGCGCAGCACCGCCGAGGUCGUGGUGGCUGAAGUGGUGCAGCCGCAUCUCGCCAGCUGGGCGCAGACUGUGCCGUGGCUCUGCGAGCACGCACCGAGUGACCUGCAAGCGCUCUACGACCUAAGCUGUGAGGCACACCUGCUGGAGCCGUUGCGGCACGCCGUCCGUGAGCAUGUCCAGCAGCAGGUGGCGCGCGAUAUGGAGGCGGAGCCCGCCACGCUGCUGCCCCGCCUGAUGGCAGCACAGACCGCGUGGCAUGCACUGUGUGUGGCGCAUCUGCGAGACAGUGCGGCGCUGCAUCACGCGGUGAAUGAUGCGCUGGAGUCGGCCAUCAAUGUGCGCCGCCACCGCGUGGUCGAGCGACUCGUGGCGCUUGUGGACGAGCGCCUGCGCGACGCAAGUGCAUGGGCAUCGGACGAUGUCUCCGGCACGCUGCAGCCGAUCGUGUCGCUGUUCCGGUGCUUGUACGACAAGGACCUCUUCCAACGACUGUACCAGCGGCAGCUCGCGCAGCGACUUCUGGAAAGGCUGGCGGCAUCGCCGCGCGCCGAAGAGGCGAUGCUCGCGCUGCUGCGGCAGGAAUGCGGACCCGACUAUACCCACCGCCUCGAGACCAUGUGGCACGAUCAGCGCACAUCCGAGCUGCUCCAGGCAGCCUGGUCGAGUGCGUCCAAGCACGCUGCACGGGCGCCGUUUCCCGUGGCCAUGCACGUACUCACGCAAGCGCACUGGCCAGCGAUGGAGCAUGUAUCGCCUGUGGCGGUGCCGGCCGCCGUGGAGGCCGAGGCGGCGCGCUUCGAGGCGUACUACCGACAACAGCACCCGAGUCGCUCGCUACGCUGGCACCAUGGCCUCGAUACGGUCGAGCUGCGUGCUGACCUCGGCGCAGCAGGCAUCAAGGAGCUGCACGCUAGCGCGCCCCAGGCUGUGGUGCUAUUGCAGUUCCAGGGGAUGCAGCCGCGCACGUUGGCGGAGCUGCGCAACGCCACUGGCCUGGAGCCGGCGAUGCUGCGGCGCGUCCUGCACAGUCUCACGAGCGGCCCGGCGUCGACGCGCGUCUUGCGCCAGCUUUCCCCCGGGUCGGACGUGUGCGAUACGAGCACGUUCCAUGUGAACGAGGCGCUCGACAGCGACAAUCCUUGUGUCGUGCUGUGGAAGUUCGCACGCUUCUCUCACGGUCGCGAUGAAAGAGCACGUGUGCUCACGGUAUGUGCUUCCCCCUAA